UGCUUGUUUGCUUGUCUGCCGACCUGAUUGCUUGCUAUUACUGCUGCGCCCGCGGUAGGUUGGCAAGCAAUACACCAUGGCUGACUCCGACUCCAACUCCAACACCAACAUCACAAACACAAUCUCCUCCUUGUCCUCCUCCACCACCACCACCACCACCACCUCGACCCCCGAGGGUCGACCUCCUCCUUCAUCCUCGACUACCACUACGACCCCUCCGCGACCUCUGCCCGGCCACUGGCUGGCUUCUCCUGUUGUCUCCAAGACUUCGACGACGCCGCAUGCGGCGGGUGCCACCUUAGAUACCUCCAGCAACACUUACAAGACAACUGCCUCAAACUACGCGGCUCCCGCCGACGCCAUCGCAUCCUCGCGCCUCUUGAAUGCUCACCUUCCACCUCACAACUCUUCAGACGGCGACUCUUCCUCCUCCGCCAUCCCCUUCCGCGCACACAUCCGCCACCCCACCGCGGCCGGCCUCCAGUUGCAAACCGACAUCUCCUCCCUCGUCCCCCACGCCGAAUCACGGAUUUACCAAUACUCGACGGACAAUCUGGAGGGGUCUACAGCAGAAGGCCUGCGGCACGCGGCCACCGCGCCGAUCACAAUCCAGGAGGGAGGCCAUUUGAGGACUGCUCUGUCGACGGCGAGCAUGACCGGUUCCCUAUCGCCCGGCUCCGCACUCUCCUCGCCGGCCCUAAAUGCCCUAUCGGACCUCACCCCUCUACCUUCUCCUCUAGUAAUGUCAGACUCUCCCGGGCCAUGGAACCGCGCCGGCCUCCCCCAGGUACCUCGCUCGAGAGGCGCGUCCAGCGCGUCUUCAAAGGAUGACUCCUUCGCCAUGCUCAGCAGAGGAACACUCUCUCCGUCCCCGUCGCUCAAGAAGAAGGGAUACCAACGGCUCCAGGCCGCUGCGGUCGAAGCCGCCGCAGCGAAUCUAUCCAGGAACGAUAAGAGUCGCGACAGGAACCGAAGCAUCAGCGAAUUCACUCCGGAAGCAUUGCACAACAUUCGACCCCGCCACGUCACAAUCUCCAACAUAGCCCCCGAGCAGGCGGCGCCAGAGCAGGAUUCAGAAAACCAUCUCCAUCGAGAGGCCUACCUCGCGGCGCAAAGAGGACUCGUUUCUACCACGGCCCCCAAAGGUCUCCCCACACCCCCGGCCAGCAACGCGAGUAAUGCGAGCAACCGGAGCAUGACCGAGAGCGAAGGCGAAGAUACAUCAGAAGAUCACGGCAUUCAAUACAUUCGCGUCAGGCAUGGAUCGCAAAAGACGAAGAGGCUCUGGCGCCCCGUCAGGCAGCUCGGCCAGGGAACCUUCAGCAAAGUCUACCUCGCGACAAGCGAGAAAGUUUCGUCCAAAGACCCACUCGAUGAGUCUGUUCUCGAUCCCCACAAGUUGGUAGCGAUCAAGGUGUGCGAGCACGGUCCGGCGGGUGGCGCGGAUGAGGAACGUGUAGAACUAAGCCUCAAAAGAGAAGUCGAAAUGCUCCGGUCCAUCUGCCAUCCCUCGCUGGUACACCUGAAGGCCUUCGACCAUGAUGAAGCACAGGCCCUGUUGGUCUUGACGUACUGUCCAGGUGGUGAUUUGUUUGACGUGGCCAGCGCGCACCGCGAGCUGCUCGGACCGGACAUCGUCCAACGCAUCUUCGCGGAGAUGGUCAGUGCCGUGAGGUAUCUGCAUAACAAACUAAUCGUGCAUCGCGAUAUCAAGCUUGAAAACGUUCUCCUAAACAUCCCCACAAGCACAGUGCCAUUGCUGAAGCACCCCCAAUCACAUCCGUUCCCCAUAGCGACACUCACGGAUCUGGGGUUAUCUCGUCGCAUCCCUGCCCCGCCAGAGUCCCCUCUACUAACCACACGCUGCGGAAGUGAAGACUACGCCGCCCCGGAGAUUCUCCUCGGCCAGCCCUAUGACGGCCGUGCCACUGAUUCAUGGGCUCUCGGCGUCGUGCUGUACGCCCUCAUGGAGGGCCGCCUGCCGUUUGAUCCGCCGCCCGGGAAAGUAGGCUCACGCAGCCGGGCAGCCCAUAGGAUUGCCCGAUGCGACUGGGUCUGGGUCAAGUAUGGCGACAACUACGGCGAGUGGGAUCCCGAGAAAGGCAAAGAGUGGAACGGCGCCCGGGAAUGCGUGGAAGCACUACUUAAGAAGGCGUCUCGCGGCCGCAAGAGCCUCGACGAGAUCGAGAAGAUGGAAUGGGUCCAGCAGGGGAUCCAGGUCGAAGGCGGCGUGAGGCGGAGGAUCGAGGACGAGGAGGAAGAGAGGAGCACAGGCGACAUCACGGCGAGGUGAUCGUUAUUGAGGAUUCGAUGAUCCUGAGAGACGAACGACGAAGACGACGACAAAUGUACCGAUACCCCCAUCCCCCUCCCUUGAAGAUACGCGGGCGGCAUCCCCCAUCGGUCUGUACUACCAUCCUUUCCCAUCACCUUUUCUUGUCACCUUGACAUUCAUCAUCUUGAUUCUCUUAUCGUUCAUAUUCAUGUUCACACACAUUCACACAUUCACACACAAAGGGCAGCAAGCGGCAGCAGUAGGGAAGGGAAGUGUUUUUUUGGUAAAAAGAAACAAAACAAAACGAC